AUGUUCUUUUCUAAGGAUGUGGUUCCGCCAGACAGCCUCGAUCACCUUUUUGAAUUCCCAGGGCUCUUUGAUGGUGAGCCCCUUAGUCUAGUCACCCAGGAUCCUCCCCAGAGUCCAGCACUCUACCCAGAGAUGCUGACUGGGGAUUCUACAGAGCAGCAGAAAGCGCAGCCUGCAUUUGUGGUUGGCAGCCCUGGCACUCCACCUGAAACAGAGGGGUCAGACGACAAGGCCCAGCCAGGGUCCAGGAUGGAGCUGGAGCAAGAACUUACUGCUUCAGCUGAUUCCCGGGCCAGCUCCCCAGAACCCUUGGGUGGGCUCAAUGAUGCACCCCUGGAGCAGAGAAGCCCUACACAUGUGAAGAAGCAGCCUUGGGCAAGUUCAGAUGACUCUAGCCAGAAUCACCCAGAGGAACCCAGGAAAAAUGAUUGCCCCAGACUGGAGGAGGCGAGAGUGUCCUGCGGGCUGAAACGAGUGUACUACGUCUGCUCUGGGUCAUGGAUCAAGCUUCUGGGAGCUGUCAGCAGCAGGCACCCGGGACAAAUUGAACCUCUGGACGAGUUGGAGGCCAACUCAGCCAGGAGGAAGAGAAGGCCCAUGACUGCUCACCCUGCCCCUCGUCAGACUGACCCUUCAGAAACUGAGAUUGUGGAACCUCUUCAGCAGAGGGCAGAGGACCCAGGUGAACUGGAGACUAUGCCUCUGGAUGAUGGAGUGCGAUCCUCUGUGGUCCAUGCAAUGAAGGAGGUACUGUGGACUCGUGCCCAGGAGCUUCCCGACCUGGCGUUGAGGGAAGAAGAGGUAGAGGGUAUUGCAGAGGGCAUUGAGGAGGCCCUCUUCCAACUGACCCAAGACAUCAACCUCCGCUACAAGAACAAGUACCGCAGUCUGCUCUUCAACCUGAGAGAUCCCCGAAAUGUUGACCUGUUUCUCAAAGUGGCCCACUGUGAUGUCACCCCUAAGGACCUGGUGCAGAUGAGCUCAAUCCAGCUGGCCCCCAAGGAGCUGUCCCGCUGGCGGGACCAGGAAGAGAGAAGGGGCCUGGACAUCAUUGAGCAACAACAGAAGGAACUGUACAGACUCCCUGCCUCCAAACUGACUCACAAGGGCGAGGUAGAGAUCCAGCGGGACUUGGACCAGAUGCUGACCUUGGAAGACCUGAUGGGACCCAUGGUGCCCAGAGAGUGCAGCCUACAGGCCCUGACAACCCCGCUGGAGGACACCACAGAUUGGCACCAGCACCACCUCUGUGACUCUAACUGUCAAGUCUGCCCAGAUCAGAAAUCCUCAAUUAAACUGCCAGCCUUCUCUGGGGCCAUCAUGAACAGGGAGGAAAAUGCCACCCAGAAAGCCCCAAGUCCAGCUCCUGUGUCCUCUUCAAGGAUGCUCAAAGUUGGGGAGACACUUGCCAAGGAACCACAGGACAGUACUGGCACUGCAAAUGAAAGGGACCCUGGGGACAUCCCAAUGAAUGACUCUGCUUGGCCCUGCCCUGUCCCUUCUUCUAGGCUCCAGAUGCCUGCUGGACCCAAAAAUGCCCUGCCCAGCCCUCCACUCUGGGAGGGCUCACUGGACAUGUUUUCCAUUAAGCACUUCCGGGCCAAGGCACAGCUGAUCAAGGGACACAGCUGUCAGCUUAUCCAGGCUCUGCCAGAGGUCAUUCGCUCAGUAGGCCGCCUCCCUCCAAACCAAGUCUGGGACCUUCUAGAUAGUAUGGGCCCAUCCAGGGCAAAGGACAUCUGUGUGGUCAGACUGUGUCCCCACGGGUCUCGGGACAUCCAGAACUACCGCCUGCUUUACUCCUACCUCAACAACAAGCAGUGCCACUGCCUGGCGACUGUGCAGCUUGUGAAAAUGGUCCUGCUGCCCCUGCCUGCCUUUGAGCCUCUGCCAGCCAGGCUGCGCCCUAUGGGGGGCCCAGGUCUUGAAACUACUCACACGAGCCUGUUACUAGCUGUGCUGUUUCCUAAAGAUGAGCUUCCAGGCAGAGCUUUGUCCAGCCCUGGGUCAAACAAGGUCCCAAAGACCGUGUCCUUCAGCAAAAAAGUGGAAAGAAUACACUACUUACCAGAGGACAGGUGGUCAGAGGCCACCCCAAGAGGAUCAUCUCCUCAUGAGGAAGACCCAAAGCAGAGCUUGACCAUGGGCAGCCUGUCUCUAAGGAGUGUUUGUGCUCCACAGAGCCUCCCCAGAGGCAGGGGGAGGCAGGAGCCUAGAUGGGGACAGUGGUCCCCAGAAGCAGGCUGGCGCUACUCCUGGCAUCCCAAUUCAGCAGGUCUAAUGUUCCCUGGCAUUGGCCAAGGACAGCACCUCCAUAGGGCUUCCUGUUUUCACCAUGACCUACUCCAGAACCUCAAGGUCUUAGUGACCAUGAGUCACCAGUUCCAGGCCUCACUGUGGCCCCAAAGCCAGGAUUCCCUCCCCCCAUCCACUGUAGUAUCUGCAGUUCUAGAUCCCCCUGGGCCUUCUUUGGGCCCCAUGGAUGGAGGUGGCUCUGACUGUUCCCUGCCAGAGGGGCCUGACCCUUUAGAGCCACCAGAACAGGAAUGUUAA